AGUCGCUUUGCUCGGUCGACUAAAAAAUACGUACGAAAACAAAUAAUUUUUUUAAUUUUUUCGCUCGAAAUUCUCUUUUUUUCACUGUACCUACCUAUACAGCAAAAAGUGAGCGACCACGAGAAAGUUUAACGAAACAAAAACUCGACAAUUUACAUGGAAAACAGACGUGAUACAAUUUUCACUCGGUUUCGCAGCGAGAAAUAUCGUCAGUGAAUAUAUAAUUUAUUUAUUAUUUUACCUGUAUUAGAGACGAGGCAAUAAAAAUAUUGAUCACAAACGUGACACAUAACUAUUAUUAUUUUUGGUUUAAAACCCAAGAGUACCUAAUAAUAAAAUUGAAAGUUAAACUCAAUUAAAACAUAAAUUAGACAAGAUAAUCGUUAUCUUUGCAUUACAAAAAAAAAAUUGUGCAUACGUCGCGUAAAAAACAACAACAACAGUUUCUUGCUGUAUUAAAAGAAAAAAAAGUUGAACACAAGCAAAAAAUCAUCAAGGUGUUAGUACCUGGUUAAUGUAGUACCUACGACGAAAAAUUUUAUAUUCAAAGUCGUCACACAUGUUAACUUGAAAUCCCUUCACGUACCAAUACAAAAUAGCCGGCAACUGUUUUAAUUAGCGACAACGACUAGAUGUCAUAAUUUUUCAAACUGUUCCGUGACACUUCAAUAUGGACACCAUUUGUUAUCAUCAUUGCCAUUCCUUAAGAACCGUUCCCCUACCCACAAACACAAUCCAACAUGCAAUCACAUCAAGUAACGUCGAUUGUUGAGCAAGACAACGCCAUCAAUCAACAAUCGGGACAAAUAAUCCCGCGCAGUAAGAUUUUCAACAAAAACAACGACAAAUCGCCCAUUCUCUCGAGCGAAUUCGAAUUCUUGAAUCCACUCAUCAAAAGUAGCAGCAAAAAACACAAGUUGAAGCGAACCGUGAGUGACUUUGGCAAAAUUUCCACGGAAAAUGUCGUUAGUCGCGCCAAUGAUCACCAAAAGAAAAGUGUAAAGCUAUCGAAUUCGUUGUCAAAGGUCGCACAACUACACCACAACAAGACUUUGUCAGACGAAAAAGUGACGGACGAUGAGAUAUCGCCACUACUGACAGACACGAAACCCAAUAAUUUAACAAUUAAAGUGAUAACGGACGAUAAAAAUGUUUUAUUGUAUUCCAAGAAGAGUGUACCGUUGAGUGAUAAUUUAUGCAGCAGCAACAACAACAACAACAUUAGUGAUAUAGAUAAAGAAAAUCUUGUGAAAUACCAAAAGAGGCAACAUUUGAAACUGCCUUUGAACGGAACUUAUAACAAUAAUCGGAGUGAUAGAAGUGACGAUACGAGUGAGACAGGACCUUCCGGAACGGAAAAGCAAAAGAACAAUUGGAGACAUUCAUGGUAUGCACCAAUUUACGGUGUGUUAGAGGAGGAGACUGAAACUAUCAAGGAAUCUUCAAGUUUGCACAAUCUGGCGGGCGUGAAGAAUAAACAGCAUUUAAAUGGGUCGCACGAGUCUGCCUCCCUGUUGGAUUCCCACCACCAUCAAAACACACAACUUUCCGCCCACCAUCACGCAGCAUCGCGUAUCCCUCGCACCAAUACCGUAUGCAUCGUUCCUUCGGGUCAGCAGCACCAGGCCCCAAGUGCCCACACAACGUCGACGCCGCCAGAAAGUGCUCCGAUUCCGCGCAAACGGAAAUUCGAGCAAUUUCUCAAAAAUCUAGUGGGUCGUCGUCCCUCCAAAGAGCCACCAUCGCCUCCCCUCAUCUCGUCGCCCGAAAUUAAGGUCAGCAAGUGUCCGUCGGAGCAUAAUUUGUCGCGUUUGUCGCGAUCGAAACUCAACGUGUCCACAACCUCCCUCAAUUCCGUACACCAAAAACUCUGGUCUGUGGUGCCUUUGCUCCGGAAAAAUGGAAGUUGCAGCAGCUUGCAUGCCCCGAAGCGCGCGGCACCCUUUGGCGGUGUCGACUACAUCGGUCUACGAAAAUGCGAAACGGUCCUGGCUCUCACGAAUUCCACGUAUCGCGAUACCGGAAGCUCGAACGGGAGCUCCGACGGACCCAUACGACCCCUUAAUCGUCUGCGAAAUUGUGGCUCUGUAGCGACAUGCUCGCGUUGUUCUAGUCUCUUGUCGUUAGCUGCCGGCUCAAAGUACUCACUUAACUUAUCCGGCGGUGGAUUCAUUCCAGUCAAUAGUUGUAAUAAUAGUAGUAACGCCAUUUUAUCGUCGACGUCGCAGCAGCAGAUACUUAUUAGUAGUGUAGUGCCUGAAUCACCGACUUUUACCGUAAUUGGGACGACGGGAUCCACGUAUCUCACGCAACUCAGCACGUCAUCCAGCAAAACUGUGUGCAAAUUGUGCCUAGGCGAAUACAAAUCCGACAAUAUGACCAAAAUCUCACAGUGUGGUUGCUCCUUCUGCACCGAGUGCAUGACGGCAUACGUGGAAUUUGAAAUUACCGAAGGUGCUUACGAAGUUUCUUGUCCGGAUGCAAUGUGUCCUGCGCAAGGUGUCAUCUCAAUUGCGGAAAUUACUGCCCUAGCUGCCCCGAGUCUCGUGGAGAAACAUCAUCGCUACCGACUUAACAGAGAAGUGGAAUUAGACAAAUUCCGAACAUGGUGCCCGAAAGCCGGCUGCGAGACAAUUUGUCUUGUUGGACCAACGUCAGUGGAGCGUCUUGUAACGCUUCAAUCGACUUCAUCGUCAAUCGUGCAAGCACCAUGUGCCGUUCAUUGUCCCACGUGCCGCGAGGACUUUUGUUCAGGGUGUAAAAAACCGUGGCAUCCCACAAUGUCAUGUGAGGAAAAUACAAAGCAACUGGGCAAAAAUGAGGUGCUCGGAAUACCGUUCGACAACGAUCUGAUCAAAUGUUGUCCAAUGUGCUCGGUACCGAUCGAAAAGGACGAAGGAUGUGCCCAAAUGAUGUGCAAGCGAUGCAAACAUGUCUUUUGUUGGUAUUGUUUGGCGAGUCUCGAUGACGACUUUUUGUUGCGACACUACGACAAAGGACCGUGCAAAAACAAACUUGGACAUUCACGUGCUUCUGUAGUAUGGCAUCGAGCUCAAGUUAUCGGAAUUUUUGCUGGCUUCGGAAUACUGUUGUUAGUGGCGUCGCCAUUGCUGUUACUCGCAGCUCCCUGUAUUGUUUGCUGCAAAUGCCGCAUCUGUUCGGGUGCUGCCAAACUGGAGGAGAAUGAUACAGACUUGGAGGACCCUAUUACACUGCAAAGAUAGGAUUUGGAGUCGUCGUGGGAUGUGAUGUGGAUGCAAGAUGCUUGAUACUGCACCAACUUAUUGAAAAAAAAACUAUUUAUUAAUUUUUUUUUAAAAAACGCUUGGACUGUUUUCACAGAGCAAAAAAAAAGCUCUGAAGUGAGCUACGUCGCUUAUGUUGAAACCUAAUUACGUGUUAAAAUAUUUUAUGUAAAAUGAGAAAAAAAAUCGUCAUUUGAAAAAAAUGAAAAGAAAAGUUGUCUAUCGUACCUUUUUCGAAAAAAAAUGCUUAAAUGUUCCAAAUUAUAUAAAAUAGUAUUAGCAAGAGUUGUCAGUAUAUAUUUUAAAAUUUUUUGAACUUCCUUUUUGAUUUAUUUCGUGAAAUAUUAAGUAUUGCUAAAUAUUACAAGACUAAAUUUUUCCUUCUCAUAUUUUUAAAAAGUCUUCAAAUUUCCAUUAAAAUAAUAAAAAAUUAUAUUGAUAACUCUCUAAAUAUUAAUAUUCAAAG